AUGGACCCAACUGACCCUAGCACUUUCAACCACCAAUACUUCAAUGCCAAUGGCCUUCGUCUUCAUUACGUAGAUGAGAAUCAGUCAGCUACCAAGGCCUUGCUCCUUGUUCACGGUUGGCCCGACCUUUGGCUCGGCUGGCGUGAACAAAUUCCAUUCCUCGCCAAGCUUGGCUAUCGUGUGAUUGUACCUACCAUCCGAGGCUAUGGCGAGAGUGAGGGACCAGCUGAAGCUAUCAAGUACACUGAUAAAUACCUUACUGCUGAUUUGGAUGCACUCUUGGAUCACUUGCAAAUUCCUACUGUGGCAGUACUUGGUCAUGAUUGGGGAGGUCUCGUUGCUUGGCGCUUUGCACAAUUCUAUCCUCAUCGUGUGGAAGCAGUUGGAUCGUUCUGCACACCUUACCUGGUCCCUAAUACCGAGCCUAUCACCUUGCAACAAUUUGUGGAGAAGCUACCCAACUUUACUUACCAAUUGUAUCUUGUCUCACCCAAGGCUGAGGAAGAAAUCAAUGCUCAUACCGAGGCAUUUUUCAAGCGCUUCUUCCGACCCGUAGGCGAAAUGAAGGAACCCAUGAUUGAUCCCAACACCAAGACCAUGGUUGAAGGACGUGCUGAAAUAUCCAAGAGUGACAUUGUGUCUCAAAAGGUACUCGAUUACUAUGUAUCUCAAUACCGACAACGUGGUGCAGGUACUUCACUCAACCUCUACAAGCGUUUCGAAUACCAGUUCGAGGAUAAUAAGGGUCUUAACCCUAUCAUUGAAAAGCCUGCUCUUAUGGUUACUUCCGAAGGUGAUAGAGCCCUUCCUCCUGCUAUGACCCAUGGUAUGGAAAAGUAUGUCCCCAAGGUCGAAUUCCGCAAUAUUGAAGGUGCUGGUCAUUGGGUACUUUGGGAAAAGCCAGCCGAAUGCAACAAGUACCUUGAGGAAUGGUUGCCCAAGGUGUACCCUGCUACUUCUGCUUAA